AUGCAGGCGCCGCUGCAGGGAGCUUGCACUCCAGCUCCCAUCGUCCCCACCCGCGGGGAGGCCUCCGCUGCUUCCCUCCAGCGGGGCUGCUCCCUCUCGCCGGGGCCCGCCCGCGGGGGCUGCGCCUUCUGCAAACCUCUCCUGGGGUUUUUCCUGGCCGGGAAGGGGGCUCGGGGUGGCGGCUGCCCCGCGGGGGAGCUCUGCCCGCGGCCGCCCUCCCGGCGUGCUGGAAGUCGCCUCGCCCCCCGCCCGGAGGUUGCGCGCCGCCAUCGGCCGCCGCUUGCCCGUCACAUCCGCAUGCGGGAAACGGACGCGGGCUCGUGCGUGGCGCGCGCGCCUUUGCCGCUCCUCCGGCAGCCGCGGGGCCUGAGAGCGCCCUGCGGAAGCCCCCGGCCGCCUCCCGGGAGCGUCUUGCCCAGGGCACACUUGGGAGGUCGCGAUCCCAGGCUGCAGCCUUCUGCGCGCAGCGUCCGUGCUCGGUGUCACGCACAGGCCCUUCGGCACUCUCGGUGCAGCAAUCGAGCCGGCUUCCCACUCGCCUCCCCACAGUGCGCAGAGGUCGCGGGCCGGCAUUGCCCGGGGCUGCAGACAGUAAAGAGGCGAGGGUUCCAGGCCAGCCUCGGGCCAGUUGAGCCGGAGCAGCGCGAGGGGGGCUGUGCCCAGACGAGCCCCUCCCGCAGGGCAUGCCACCCGCCUGGCCGCACGUCCCUUCGCACGCUGCGCUGCCUGGCUCUCCCUCUGGCAUGCUUGGCUCGUCCUGCACAGUCCGCCCCGGGGCUUGCCCAGGGCCAGUGCAGCUGCGGGACCUGCCCGUCGAGAAAGCCAGGCUGGGGCCGCACACUCCCCACCUGGCUUCCUGCAUUGGACUACAACGCCCAGCAUCAUGGCUGUUUGACACUGAACAGUGAACAUGGAGACAUCUUGGUGGACUAUUCCAAGAACCUUAUCACGGAAGAUGUAAUGAAGAUGCUAAUGGAACUGGCCAAAUCACGGGGCGUCGAGAAAGCCAGAGAGCAGAUGUUUACUGGAGAAAAGAUCAACUUCACUGAGAACCGUGCCGUGCUCCACAUCGCUCUGCGGAACCGCUCCAACACGCCGGUAUUGGUGGAAGGCAAGGAUGUGGUCCCCGAAGUGAACAAAGUGCUGGAGAAAAUGAAGCAGUUCUGCCAGAAAGUCCGCAGCGGCGAUUGGAAGGGCUACACUGGAAAAGCCAUUACUGAUGUAGUCAAUGUCGGCAUUGGUGGAUCUGACUUGGGCCCCCUCAUGGUGACGGAAGCCCUCAAGCCGUACUCCAAAGGCGGGCCGCACGUCUGGUUUGUGUCCAACAUCGAUGGAACUCACAUGGCUAAAACUUUGGCCCAGCUCAGUCCAGAAACGACCCUCUUCAUCAUUGCAUCGAAGACUUUUACCACCCAAGAAACCAUCACUAAUGCGGAAACAGCUAAAGAGUGGUUCCUUCAGACUGCGAAAGACCCCGCUGCUGUGGCCAAGCACUUUGUCGCCCUCUCCACCAACGGGCCGAAAGUGAAAGACUUUGGAAUUGACACGCAGAACAUGUUCGAGUUUUGGGACUGGGUUGGAGGCCGUUACUCACUCUGGUCAGCCAUUGGUCUCUCUAUCGCCCUGCACAUUGGUUUUGACAACUUUGAGAAGCUGCUGGCGGGGGCGCACUGGAUGGACAACCACUUCCGCACCACCCCCCUGGAGAAGAACGUGCCGGUGGUGCUGGCAAUGCUGGGCAUCUGGUACAUCAACUGCUACAACGCGGAAACCCACGCCCUGCUGCCCUACGACCAGUACAUGCACCGCUUCGCGGCCUACUUCCAGCAGGGGGAUAUGGAGUCCAAUGGGAAGUACAUCACCAAGAAGGGCACUCGGGUGAACUACAACACCGGUCCGAUUGUGUGGGGCGAACCUGGAACCAACGGGCAGCACGCCUUCUAUCAGCUGAUCCACCAAGGCACGCGGAUGAUCCCAUGCGACUUCCUGAUCCCGGCGCAGACGCAGCAUCCCAUCAGGAACGGUCUCCAUCACAAGAUCCUUCUGGCCAACUUCCUUGCUCAGACCGAAGCCUUAAUGAAAGGCAAGACAACAGAGGAGGCGCGCAAGGAGCUGCAGGCGUCCGGCCUGAGCGGAGAAGCUCUGGAGAAGCUGCUUCCGCACAAGGUCUUCGAAGGAAACCGCCCAACCAAUUCCAUUGUAUUCACUAAACUCAACCCGUUCAUUCUUGGAGCCUUAAUUGCGAUGUACGAACACAAGAUCUUCGUGCAGGGCGUGGUGUGGGAUAUUAACAGCUAUGACCAGUGGGGCGUUGAGCUCGGGAAGCAGCUGGCCAAGAAGAUCGAGCCGGAGCUGGAUUCGGACGCCCCCGUGGCCUCCCACGAUGCCUCCACCAACGGGCUGAUCAACUUCAUCAAGAAGCACCGCGCCUGACCCCUGUGCGGCCGCCGCCGCCGCCCCUCUGGCCACUGGGCACCCAGAUCGAUGUUGUAGCUGCUUUCUAGCCUCUGCUACCCACUUUAGCACCUUGACCGGUUCAGGUCGCCUUGUUGUUGACGGUUGUUUGCGUUGUUGUGUUUUCUGCACUGUUGCAAACGAGCCCUUUUUUCACCUUGUGAGACCUGGAAAUGGUGUCUAGCGGCCAAACCGUAAAUUGUGGCUCCCGUGUCCCCUUCUCUCCCCAUCUCCAGCCCCGCUUUCUGUGCCUCGGCACCGGGGGAAGCGCUCCCGGGGCAGGAGCGCCCCAGCCACGCCGUGUCUCGUGAAGCCAGUGCACGUUCCAGAACCUCACCGUUAGUUGUACGAGAUUACAGAGGAGUUCACUAAAA